UUCCAUCACUAUUAUCAUUUGGCCUUAUCAAUAUUUAUAGUUAUUUUUUUGUACGAAAACAUUAUGCUGGCCUGAAUAGACAGCCAACAUAAAUGCAAUUCUAUGGAUAAUGGAACCAUCUCAUAGCAGUGACCAAGGCGAUAGCCUGGAAUCGGAAUGUUGUGGCAAUGGCUGUGCCAAUUGCAUACUGGAUAAUAAGCCAAAGCCUAGCAGACGUGCCCAACUGAGCGGUCAACCAAAUGUGAUCCUUGACUAUGCGGACUUUCGUUUGGUCCACAAAGAAGCCCUAAUGGGAGAUGAUAAGGUUUUGCUUUUACAUUUCGCUUAUGCUGUUGGUUCAGAUAAAGAUGAUUGCAUACUGGACAUACCGCCUGGACACCAUGUUAUGCUGCGAAUUGGUUCCCUUCUGCGACCUUAUUCUCCAUUUUGGACAGAUUUUGUUCGAAAAGAAUUUAAAAUAUUAGUUAAACUAGUGCUAGAUGGUCCUAUGUCGCAGCAUUUGGCUGAUUUGCACAUUGAUGAUGUAUUGCAGUUUCGUGGACCAAUUGGCAGCUAUCUACAUGAUGCUAAAAUAGCAAAAUAUAUAAUCAUUAUUGCACAGGGUGUGGCAACUGCACCCACUAUUCCUCUGGUAGAAGAGGUUCUCGAUAAUGAGGAUGAUAUGAGUCGUAUCUGUCAUAUAGUAUGCGCUCGGGAUAUGAAUCAUGUUUAUUUUCGAGAUCGCCUAUUGGAAUUUGCCACAUACUGGAACUAUCAAAGUUGCCUUUACCUACCACAUCAGCAAUGUGACACUAUUGUUUGCCAGGAAAAGGGUCAUUGUUCUCAAGAUUGUGAUGAACUACGUAAAAGUCUUCGCUAUAGAGAGCGGGCUAAGAUUCAACGAUUCGAUGUACAUCAGCUUGAUGUACAUGUCAGUUCGAUUAACAAGGAGCUGUUACCUAUUAUUAUCAUAGCCGGAGAUUCUAGUUUUCAACAAUCAAUCAAGAAAAUUGUGGCAGCCGCUGAAUUUCCUGUUUUCGAGGAGAAUAUAUAUUUGCUAUGAACUUUUAAAUAGUCAAAUGCUUUUGUGAUUAAAAUACAUAUACAUAUAUGUA